GUACCGGUUUAUCAGCGCUGAGCUCACACACUGACACAGCAGUGCUGUUUAGGCUGUAGUCACUGCUGAACACACCAGGCUCCAGGUCCUCCUCUGCUCCUCCCGGUAAGCGGUACUCAGUGUGAAACCCGCCGGUGUCAAACAUGGCUCGGACCGUUUUAGUCGUCCUGUUUUCAGUCGUGUUGUCCUGUGUGAGCGCAGGAGUGUUUUACAGCCAGAAGGAGCCGUGUUAUGUCCGCACACCCAGGAAAAACGACUUCGGACUGAGGACCGCUCCUCGUCCUCAUGAGUACAUAAACAUUUCUGAUCUGCCCAAAGCCUGGGACUGGAGGAACAUCAACGGCACCAACUAUGUGAGCACGACCCGCAACCAGCACAUUCCCCAAUACUGUGGCUCCUGCUGGGCCCACGGCAGCACCAGCGCCAUGGCAGAUCGCAUCAACAUUAAGAGGAAAGGAGCUUGGCCAUCUGCCUAUCUCUCUGUCCAGCAUGUGAUUGACUGUGGUGAUGCUGGCAGUUGCCAUGGAGGAGAUCACAGCGGAGUGUGGGAGUAUGCUAACAAACACGGGAUCCCAGAUGAGACCUGCAACAACUACCAGGCUAAAGACCAGAAGUGCAAACCCUUCAAUGAGUGUGGCACCUGCACCACCUUCGGAGUGUGCAACAUUGUGAAGAACUACACCCUGUGGAAAGUGGGAGAUUUUGGAGAUGUCAGUGGGAGGGAGAAGAUGAUGGCAGAGAUCUACGCCAAUGGACCAAUCAGCUGCGGGAUUAUGGCCACAGACACGCUGGAUGCCUACACAGGAGGUCUCUACUCUGAAUAUCAGGAGAGUCCUUUCAUCAACCACAUCGUGUCUGUGGUGGGCUGGGGAGUGGAGGAUGGCGUUGAAUACUGGGUCGUACGUAACUCCUGGGGAGAGCCAUGGGGUGAGAAGGGCUGGCUCAGGAUCGUGACCAGCGCUUACAAGGGAGGAAGUGGAAGCACCUACAACCUGGCAGUGGAGGAGGACUGCAUGUACGGAGAUGUGAUUGUCCCCAAGGCCUACCUGUAGGGGAGGGCAGCCCUAUGGCGUCAAAGGUUGUCACUGCACUGCACUGCACGUCUUCCUAUCUCGGGCAGAGGGAAACCUUUUAUUUGUAAAAUGCUGAAAAGGGAAUGAGUUCAGAUUUUUUUUAAGAGAUCUAUUUUUUACACUUCUAAUCAGGGGGUCAAAUUCCAGUGCCGAGGUCUUCCAGCUGGAUGAGACCUGCUUCAAUCACUGCUGAUUUUUUGAUUUGUACCACAGUAAGGUCUGAAUUGAGUGGGAGGGUUGAAACACAUCAGUACGACUAAAAUCUGUAAACGUCAUGCCCUGCAUGCUGAAUAGCCAUAAGAGAAAGAAGAAAUUGAGUUUACAUCAUCAAGAGGACGUUGACAGCUUUUUAUAGAUUAUUCAAUGCAUACUGACUCAGCCAAAGAGCAUGGUGUUUAUUAUUUGUCCUUCACUGCUGCGACACUGAAUGUUUUCAGUGUGUGGUGUUAAUGUAUCGACAAUAUUGCACUACACCCUGAUUAAAAAGGAAAAAAAUCAACUUUAAAGUGUGCCUUAAAUACACUGGCAUUCAAGUAUAGAUUUAUGUAAUGUUUUUUUUUUGUUUUCACACUGAACAAUCUACACGUCAGAAGUUUUGGAAAAAAUGCUUUGUUUUGUUGCUUCAAACUGUG